AUGUUUUUUAAAGGAAAAAAAGAAUUAAACGUAGAUAACUUCAAUCCUGGAGUGGGACUCUAUGAUAUUAUUACUAAAUUAGAUAAACCAGUGGCAAUUAUUCAUACUGAUAAAUAUGGGGCCCAUAAAAAAAAUGAAUCACUUCCCCUAAGUGAAUCAUAACUAUCCAAUGAUCGAAAAGUCGAUUUAAAUUAUCCUCUGCAUAGUUAUGCAAGUGGAAUCUAAAGAGUUAGAUAAAAUAAAAUCUAUUAAGAACUUAAGAAAUAAGUUAAAUUUGAAUAUAAACCCAAUCAAUUUAACCAAGAGUUCGAUACCUAAGUACGUUCCACCAUUAAGAAGGGAAAACUUGUUAAGCUACAAAGAUUGUAACGAAACUCAUAAUCAUCUUUAAACGAUCAAUCCCUUUUUUUAGGAACAUAGUCACCUGGCAUCAAAAAAACUACAAGUUAACAAUAUCUGAAACAUCCACCCAAAUUGCAAUCUUUAGAAAGUCUAGAACUCUUUCUGUUGAGAGACAAAUUAUAAAAAGUCUAAGAUGUUCCUGGUCCUGGUUCCUACGAAUUGCCAAGUGUUUUCAAGUAAACAGAAAUCAAGAAUUAACCAUUCGGAAAAUAAUAAGGAAGAACUAAAUACAUUGAUUAAGAGGCUUCAGUUGGAGUUGGAUAAUAUAAUAUACAAGACUAAUCGGUAGUCAAAAGCGUAAUAAGGUUUGACAAAUAUUCGAAGAGAAUUAGCAUUUUUGAAAACAAAUUAAACUCUCCAACUUAUUAUGAUAAUAAUUCAAAUCUUAUCAGCAAUCAAUCAAAACUUAAUCUCGAAUUUCCUAUAGCCUUUGGAUCUACUUCAAAAAGAUGA